AUGAUGACAUUUGGAUGCGCCAGGCUCUGUGCAGGGCGGGGUGCGGGAGGCUCUGCCCGGUGUGCGGCAAGGGAGAUGAAGCGGCGGCGCCGGCGGAGCCAGACGCUCGGCUCUAGCGUUUUCCUGGCCGCGCGGGAGUGACCCUCGGGCUGUCACGGGCCGCGCCGAGCGCUCCUCUCCCCCCUCCCCGAGCGAGGGAACGGGGGCAGCCGGCACCAUGUUCCGCCGAGCCCGGCUCAGCGUGAAGCCGAAUGUGAGGCCGGGGGGCAGGGGCGGCGGCGGCCCGAGCGCCCCGUCGGCCCCGGAGCCGCAGCGCGGCCAGGAUUCCGCGUCCCCGCCGGCGAGGACAGAGCCGCCGUCUAGCGCGACAGCCUCUCCCGAAGCCGCUGCCGCUCCUCGGCCGGACCCCCCGCCCCAGCCGGAGGGGGAGCAGCCCGCGGGCAGAGAUGAAAAGACUGGUGGUGCAAAUGAUGACGAAGUUAAAAAACCUGCAGAUACACCCGUACAGAGAAGAAAACGAAUAUCCACUAUGCCUAAUCUGGCAAAACCCAGAGUUACACUUCCAUCUGCACAACGUUCAGUAUCAAAGUCUUCUCAAAAACAAAUACCUCAGUCUUCUGUUAAUGGUAACUCUUCACUUCAGAAGGAAUCAGAAAAGACCAAUGCAGAAUGCUCUCCAAAGUCUCCCAUGUUGCCUGAAAAGAAAACACCUGUCCCACAAGUGCCACAAUUUUCUCCACUUAAAAAAUCAGUGAGCCGAGAGCCAAAUGUGAGUGUAAGUGCUCUAAAAAAUGAUGAAGUUCUCCAGAAGAACUCACUCUGCCCUCUCAAGGAGAGACCCUCCCAAGGGAGACCCACACAGGGGGAAAUGCCACAUACAAAACCACCUCUAACAAAAAAUAAACAAAAGUGCUCAGACCGUGAAAGAAUCCUCAAAGCUCAGAAGUUAAGAGAGAUGCUCAAAGAAGAGCUGAAGAAAGAGAAGAUGAAAAGAUGGCAAAAUAGACCUACAAUAAUUGAAGGAAAAACUCCACCAGAUCCUUCCAAAAUGACAAUGAGAGACUUAAUAUACUACCUGCCAGAAAACAAUCCUAUGAAGUCUUCAUUAGCAGAAGAAAGGAAAACCGAGAAGACUUCUACACAGGUCCAAAUGAAAGAACCAGAAGAGAGAAGUGCUCCUGAUCAUGAAGAUGAGGAGGCUGAAGCUGAGCCAGAGGAAGAGGAGGAGAAUGAUGGUCCUCUUCUGGUUCCUCGAGUGAAAGUAGCAGAAGAUGGUUCAAUUAUUCUGGAUGAAGAAAGUUUAACUGUAGAAGUUUUAAGGACAAAAGGGUCAUGUGUUGUAGAAGAAAAUGAUCCUAUCUUUGAACGUGGCUCCACAACUACCUAUUCCAGCUUUAGGAAAAGUUUUUAUACCAAACCAUGGUCAAAUAAAGAAACUGACAUGUUCUUCUUAGCUAUCAGCAUGGUGGGAACAGACUUUUCUCUAAUAGGUCAACUGUUUCCUCAUAGAGCAAGAACGGAGAUUAAGAACAAGUUUAAACGUGAGGAAAAAGCAAAUGGAUGGAGGAUAGAUAAAGCUUUCAAGGAAAAGCGACCGUUUGACUUCGAAUUCUUUGCCCAGUUGCUUGAAGAGGUACUGGCAGAUGAAAAAAAGAGGAAGCAAAGAGCUCCUAAAAAACGAAGUUCAAGAGAGAAGAAACCACCCAAAUCUCGGAAAAAGCAAAAAGCUAAAGUUGUCAGCGAAGAAGCAGAUAAUGACCAGGACGAUCCUCAGGUUGUCAGAAUUUCUGAUGCAGAAACAGAUGCAGACACUGGCACAGCUGAAAAAGAGAAUGAAGAAUCCUUGAGUGUGUCUGAACAGACAGAAGAACAGACUGUAUUGGAGGCAGGGGCAACCAAAAAGAAGAGGAAAAAGGAAAUAAAAAGGAGCAGGGAGAAACCCAGCAAGAAAAAAAAAAAUGAGGUGUCUGGUACAAACAGUGAUAAUCAUACUGAAUGUGGGAAGGAUCUGGAUGUUCUUAAUGAAGAAAAUAUGGAUGAGAUUCCUGUCCUAGUAGAGCCAGAAUCAAAUUCCUGUUUACAUCUGAAUGAUAAAACUGAAGAAAGUGAUCUCAAUUCCAGAUUUCAGGAUAUUAGUGUUGAAUUAAUAGAAACAGAUUCAUCUGAAGCAGAAGCCUCAAAUAUCCUCUCUGGGUCACAGGAUUGGCAGCCUUCAAAAUCUCAAGCUUCAGGUACAAGAAAUAAAAAAGGAAAUUGUAAAGAAACCAGUGAAGCAAAGAACAGUGAAGUAUGUGAUUUAUAUAGACCAGAUGAAAAAACGAGUACAGCAGGAAAAAGCCAUGAUUCUCAGUCUGAAAUAAUGGAAACUGAAAAAGCUGCUGCUGCAAAGCCAUCAGUAAGAGGACGCCUGCAGAGACCUAAACCCAACUUAGCAAGGAGAACUGGAAAGACGGAAGCAGCAGUUCAAGAGGAAUCUGAGGUCAAGAUAUCUCCUCCAGAGCCUACAGAAGAGGCUGAAAAAAUGGAUACCACGGAAGCUUGUGAAAUUAACACACCUGAAACCACCACAGAUAAAACCAAAGGGAGAGAGAUCAAAGAUUUGGAGACUGAAUUCCAAGACACUGAAAAAGCUGUUACCGAAAAAGCAGCAACGACGGGGCGUCGGCAGCGAUUUAAACCUAAUGUAUUAGGAGCAUCUGGGAAGAGAGAAGCACCAGUUCAAGGUGAAAGAAAGGACAAAACUCCCCAGGAGUCUGAGGGAACAGUUGAACAGCAGAGUGCUGACCAAAGUAACACACCUGAUAUUAUCAGUGGGGAAAACACAGAAAAAGAUUGGAGAGUCUCAGAAACGGAAUCUCAGUCUAAGGAAACAUCUUGUUCACAAGAAGGUAGCAAACAGAGUGUUCUCAAACCAGCCCCACUUACAAAGAGUCGAAUGCAGAGGCCAAAACCAAAUGUAGAAAGGGCAGCUGAAAGGCAAGAAGUACCACCAACAAAAAAAGAUGUGGAAGAUGAAAAAACUGAAGUUGGAGAAACAGUGAAGAGUUUGACAUGUUGUGAAAGUGAUGCAACAGGCAAUGAAGACAUCCUGCUGCAUUCUGAGAUAUCAGAAAAAGAAGCUACUACAGGGCCUGAGCAGGUGGUCUCAAUGUAUGUAAAUCAGUGUUCCCAAAAUAAACCCUUGGGAUCUGAGAGAUGUGAACAAGAAAAGGAAUUGUCCUCCGUGGAUGAUUUGGAAGAUGUUUCAAAUUUUGAUACAGGAGACUCCAGCUCUCAACAAGAUGAAAAUGUUGUUAUUCAGACAGCACCUCGAUUGAGGAAUCAGUUCCAGAGGCCAAAGACAAAUUUAGGAAAGGAACUUGGAGGAAGAGAAGUGCCUGAAGUGGAUAAAGAUGUAUCCGAGUACAACACUGAAAAAGAUAAUAGCUUGAUACCGUGUGACAAUAAAUGCAGCAUGCUUGCUGACCUAGAUAAACCAGCAAAAUGUGAAGUCCUGCCAUCCUUGCAGCCACUAGAAAAUGAAGACCCUGCAGGCUCUCAGGAAAUACUUGCAACACCAACAAGCCUUCAGUCCCCUAAGAAGUUUUCAGAAUCUGAGAGUGGUGAACAGAAUGAGUGUCUCUUACCUUCAGAUAACCAGGAAAAGACUUCAGCUGUUGCUGCUAGGCUCCCUAGCAAACACAUUUCUCAAGGAGAAAGUAAACCAACCUCUCUUCAGCCAUCCCAACUAGUGAGGAGCCGAUUCCAGAGGCCCAAGCCAAAUAUAGGAAGGGCCAUUGGAAGGAAGGAAACACAGCCAACAAAAGAGGAUGAAACUGAAAAAAAGACUGACGUUGAUUGCUCAGUUCUGCAAAAAGCUGAAUCUGCUGGCAUCCCCACCACUGGAUUAAAGGUUGAAAAUGAAGCUGUAUUCUCAGAAGCUUCUGGAGACAAGUUGUUGGGUUGUGAGAAACAGAUACCAGAUGUAGAAUCUUCAGUGCCCAAUAUUUACCAAAAUGUGUCAGUUGAACAAAGCAGAAUCGGUGCUGAAAAAUCCAGUUCCCAAGAAGCUAAGACAUGUGUUAUCAAACCAGCACAGCUAGUGAGGAGCCGGUUCCAGAGAGCUAGACCAAACCUGGGAAGGGCAUAUGGCAAGAAAGAUAACCCAGUAGCAGAAAAACUUACUCCAGUUGAGAGAGAGACAGGCAACACAGAGAAGAGUUCUUUGCCACAUAGAGAUUCUGAUAUACCUCUCUCUCCAAAUGCUGAAGCAAAAGCACUCUCAUCCUUUGGGGAUUUGCUACAAAAAGAUAGUUCAGUUUCCAGUGGGGUCACCACACCAAAAAGAAGUGUUCAAUCAGAAAAACUUUGCUCCCCUGAGAAAUCCAAAGAUUUGAGCUGUAACAAUCAGAAAGAUCAAAUAAACAGUUGUAUGUCUACAGUUGUUGAGACCAGGCAUCCGAAUUACUCUGAAAGGUCUAGUUCUGGAGAAGAAAGUAAAUCAAGUGCUAUAAAACCUGCACAGUUCGCAAGGGGCCAUCUACGGAGACCAAAGCCAAACCUAGUGAGAGCAACACAAAAGAGAGAAAUUUGUGAAGAGAGAGAAAACACAAGUGAGGAAACGACUGAAGCUAGACCUACAGAAGAAGGUCUGAUAUCAAUUGAUAUAAAAUCAGAAAAUCUAACCUCAUUACUGCGCACAUCUGGUAACUUAGUGGAAGCUGUAUCCUCCUCAGAGGAGUCACGGAAAAAAGAGUCUGCAGACAGUAUUGAGGCAGUGCCUCCUAAAAGGAGCAGGCAGUCCUGUAGAUUCCAGUCUUCAGAGAGGUUGUCGGAGAGUGAAAGUCAAAUAGAACCAGAGGAAGAGUCUCAGCCUCUUCAUGCUCAAGAGAAGACAUCAGUCAAACUGAUAAGAACGCAGUCUAGAAGGUCAUCUGAACAGGCAGGCCGGCCAAAACGUGUGUCUGAGCUAAGAGUAGCUACUUCUUCUGCCUCUGAAUGUGAGGUUGAUCGCUGUGAAAAGGGAAAACCACGUCGAAAGAUUAAACCAAAUAUUGCCAAAGGUAAAGGCUUGAAAACUGCCCAUGGCAAGAGAUCUGGGAAGGAACAUGGGAGUUCAAAGAUAACUUUAGUGACCCUCAGAGCUUCUCAAGAGGAGGAUGAAGAUGAUGCAGAUGACUUGGAACUGGAUGAUGAAGAUGAAUGUUUUUCACCAGAAGAAGUAAACAAAGCUCCAGUGUUUGUUCCUGUAGGUCUUCGAUCUCCAAAACCUGUUCCUGUCCAGAUUGAGGAAACAAUGGAAGAGCUUGAAAUAUCUGUGAAUGUUCCAGAUGUGCCCUGUAUUACUACUGCUGAAUAUCUGUCUCAUGAUUUAAAUGUGGUUGUCCAGCCUGUGAUGCAGGGAGAUGAAAAUCUGAAUGCCUCACAAAUUGAAGUGGCUACUCAUGAAAAUCCAGAGACUGACUCGGGGAUUAAUGAUGGAAGCACUGAAGCUGCUAUGACAUUACUUGCAAUGGGAGAUCCAAUGUUUCAGUUAAAAAUAAGCACUCAAGGACAGAGACAGAUGUUCCCUGAUCAAGAUGAGAUGCACAUGGCUAAUAGUUUUAUAAACCAACCUAAUGCAGAGCAAAAUGUGGUCCCAAGUAAUCCAUCACUUUCUUCACCUGCUAAUAAUGAACUGGUUCCCUCAAAAGAUGGAAACAAUGUAAUUCUAUGGAACCAAAGAGCUGAAAAAGAAGAAAAUGUAGAAAAAUGCUUUAAGGAAGAUGCUGCACCCAGCAGUGAUCACCCUGUGCCCAAAUUGAAUAGUACAUCAAGGCUUGCAAGAUGCAGACUUCCUAAGCCUAAGCCAAAUCUGAGCAGGGUUUUAGGAACAAACAGGAAUGUUACUCAGAAAUCUCUUCUUCAAAGUGCAGUUGUGGAGCAGUUCAACCAAAUUCAAAGUGAGGGGAAAGCUCUAAUAGAGACCAUAGAAGAGCCAGAAGUGGAACUAGAAUGGAAAAUCAGACCAGCUGAGAACAGUUCUGUAGAUCUGAAGAAUUUUGGAUCUGGAAGCAGAAACCUUGCUAAAACAGAAAACAAGACACAAGACACCUUGGAAGCCUCAGUGGAGUUAAAACUUCCAACGGUAUCUUCAGAAGCAGAAAUUUCCAUACCUGGGCUAGAGAAUGAGUCUAAUCAAAGUUCUACUGGUGUCCUUCCUGAAAAUAAGCCUUGUACUGUUGUACAGAACUUGCAUGAAGUUCACUUGAUACAGACCGAAGCAGUUACACAGCAGUUUCAACAUCAACAUAUAACCAGCACAGAAGAAACUUGUGCAUACAGUUCAGUAGUGAGAGGAGAUGGCAAUGAAUGUCCAGAGGAAUCAGAGGAACAGACGUUUAUUUUAACACUGGUGGAAAUUCCAGCAGACUCAAGAGAGUACCAGGAUGCAUCUAUGUCACUAGAACAAGCUUUGGAGCCAUUGCUGCCAGCCCCGAUACUUCUCACUCCAGUGAAUACAAGCUUAGCUAAUAUGAUGGGGGAAGAGAGCAUUGGAUCAUUAACAGCUACAGAUGAUAAAGCUGCUACAUCUUUAGACAACUAUACAGGAACAGAAGGAUUGCAGAGAGCAUCAAUAGAGUCAUUUGCUAAUUUGGGUCAGACAUCCUUGAAAAGGCAUGCUGUUGAUCUUGAAGAAAGUGACACUCCUCCUGCUAAGCAGACUCCAUCUACCUCAACAGAGGAUAAUCUGGCCAAUACUUACAAGGACUCUUCACUUAAAUCAACAAAUGCUCCAAGGAAAAUUGCUGGGAAAACUUCUGGAAAACUGAAAACUUCAAAGAAGAAAAAAAGACCUACCUCUACAGUUGUGUCUAAAACUUCAGAAAGAGGGCAAUCUGAAUCCUUUCAGAAUUUAGGAACUGUACUGCUUGAAGAGUCAGCAUGCAAGUGUUCUGAUGAGUUGGUGUCAGGAAAGGAACAGGAGGGAAAAGAAAAAGAAACUGAGCAAGAAAGCUCUCUGGAUAUUUGUGCAUCUGGACAUUUGGGACACGUUGAAAGCCCAGCUGCCUCUUCAGGAACCCAGAUGCCAAGGGCUGGCCGAAGACCUCUGGGGUUUUUAUCUUUAAUUUGUAAAUCAAGUAAUGCUGAACCUGGAGAGGAUGCUAAAGGGAAUAGACAGAGACUCCGAAAACCUCUCAUAGCUGCCUCAAGUCGAAGUCUGAAAAAAACAACUCCAUCUACUGAGAACACUACAGACACUCAGGAGUCCUGUUCCUUUCCCUCUACGAGCUUGCCAUCCUCUGCUGAAUGUGAGAAUAUAGGCAGUGCUGCAGUUCAGAUUUCUUCUGAGUCUUCUGAGAAACAAGCUUCUUGUGCUAAAGGACAGGAGAAAGAAGAGGAGCCAACCAGAAUCUCGGAAUAUUUUUUCAGUGAUAUCUUUAUGGAGGUAGAUGAUUCAGAAUAAAGCUCUAGAUUCUAAGAAUUCAGUGCAACAAUGGAACUGUGUAUAGAUGGGUUGCUGUGAAUUCUCCUUUUUCUUCCUUGGUCUUAAUUUAUUUCCAGACUCACUAAUGGAGAAUAACAAGCACUGUUGGAGAAGAAAAUCAUUUCCCCCCUCAUUCUGGGUAAUCUGAGCAUUUUCAAACAUGUCAGAACUAGAUUGGCAUGAUGAGACUGAACAGCAGCUGUUGGUUUACAUAACUUUUCUACAACCAGCUUAGGGACAUGACUACCUUCAAGAAGUGCAAUGAAUAAAUGACUAUCCACAUGCCAAUAUCCCUUCAAAUCAUAAUGCUGAAGCUUUUGGGGCUCAUUAUUACAACUUAUUUGCUAUACUUCUUUUUGUGAAGUUCCACUGCAGGAAGGAGAAUUAAUCUUCAUAUUUAUCUCUGUAGAUAGAUAAUCAAUUCGAAAAGAUUAGUGUUGUAAAUACAUAGAGAAGUUUUCUAUUGUUGGUUAUUUUAUAGACUUCUCCAAAGUAUGUAUAUUUGUAAUGACAAAUUCACAGAUACAUAAGCUUAAGGUCAUCAUUGGAAAGCAGAAUGUUUAAUCCCUUUUAAAUGUACAGAGAUAAACAUGAAAGACUAUUUAUUUAAUUUUAAUGUAUUAAAAGAUGCUAUCCCAUGUUAGUCCUUCAUCUAUCUGAUUUGGGGGUAAGGAAAAGAUGGACAGAUGUCCAAUUGUAAAUGCGGAUUUCUUUCUAAAUUAAAUAUUUAAUACAAUAGACUGGAUUCUGCUCAUGCACUGUCUUUAUAUAUUCAUAUAACUCCAUUGAUGUAAUUUAUACUAAGGAAAUUCCAAUUAAGAGUAAAGGUGAGCAGAUUCGAACCUAGAACUAUUGAAUGAGGUAGUUUUGAGGAUUUGCCACUUUUGAAACCUUUAACUCAUAAAGGUUUUCCUCCUAUUUCGUGUUUGUUUUUUGUCCCCCCAGUGCUGAAAUUUAGUUUUAGGAUGGUAUUUGAUUUGUCACAUGAAGACUAACUUUCACUUAUGUAAUGAGAAAAAAUUGCCAUGAGGGGUUAACAGUCACAUGGUCUCAAUUCUUCAAAAAUCAGGAAUUAUUCUAAAAGACAAAUACAUUUUCAUUCUUAAAUUCUUGACUUUUUGAAAUAGUAAGUAGGUAUUGAAAAUUAGACUUAGGUAAAAAUCUGCAUUUUUUUCUUUGAUUAAACAUUCACCACUGGAAAUCAAGGAUGAAAAAUAGACUUUCAGAAAAUGGGAUUUACACAAUGUCCCAUAUGUCAAGAUGAGUAUGUCACAAAUUUAGUUCCAUAUUAAUUCUGAACAACCUCUUCAAUGCAGUUAUUUAACUCGAGCUUUAUUUGCCACAGCUCAGUCAGUAAUGCUUAGUGUAUGUUUGUUUAUAGGUAGAAGCACAACCUUAAGAUAAUUUGUAUUUUAGUGCAUGGAUCUGGCUUCAACUAAAAUGAUUCUUAAUGAGUUAAAACAUUUUCUAAAUUGAAUAUUCAAACUAUUUUAAAGAUUAUUUUGCCACCCUCUGCAAAAAAAAAAAAAAAAAAUCUGUAGAGGUGGUGGUGAUUUACUAGCAAAUCCAUAAUUAUUUCCUAACUAUAAUUAUCAGAUUCCCCUUGAGUCACUAGCUGAGACUUGAAUUUUUAUCCUUUCAGAAGUUAUUUUUUUGACUUAGUUUCUAAAAGAGCCCUCAAGACUUGAAUAAUAAGCAAAAAUAGCCCAGCUGUUAGGAAUCAUUAAACUAGAAGCUCAGAUAGCUUGUUUUGUAGCAUCCAAAUGUGAGAAGCAGUUAGUUUUAAUGCUACAGUGGAAAGGGAAAACUGUCAAACAGAAUAUUUUCCUCUGUUUUUCAAGUAAAUGACAAUUGGAAUUCAAAAAAUGACUGUACAAAUUGAUCCAAUCUCAUGUCCAGUUUGAGAUGAAUGUCUCACGGUUUGACAAUUUAUUUUAAUUUGAAAUACCCAUAUUUGUGUUUUUUCUCCUUCUAUGGUAAACAUUGCAGUAAUAUAAUAACACUGAAUACAUGUAGCUAAGGCUAAUGUGCAUAUUGUAGAGUCUGGUUCUUGUAUGCAAAUAUUUUGUUGUUACAUUGGGCUUGUUGCAUUUUAGAAUUAGAUAAAGCAGCUAUAUCACCCCCACUGAUACAUUCUCAAAAUGAUUUGUGGAGGAGGAUGCUAUAAAAUAAUGUAUUCUAAGUACCUGCUAAAGCAGUACAGACUCAUUCAUAGUAUGUCAGAUGCAAUUCAAAUGACAAGUUAAAAAUAAUUUGUAUGUCAUAAAUGAUAAUCAGAGACAGCAAAAUGUAUUGUGCCUUAUUUAUCCCUGUGAAAUAGAAGGGACAACGGACUUUUUUUUUUUUUUUAAACAGCAAACCAUGUGUGUUUUGUUACAAGUAUCUUUUGAAGUGAAUCACAUUUCUGUAAUGUGUGUUUUCCGUGCUGGAAUGAAAGUUGUAUAAGUCAUAGCGAUGGAAGGAUACAGAACAGCACCCUAUGUUAAGUUGCACUGAUCAAUGGCUUAUCAUUUCUAUUAAGAUGUGGCAAAGGACUGCUUUCCUUGACGUGUUCUUUCACUGACACUGUAGGAAUAUUGUUCACGUGUAAGCUUUUGGAUUCAAAGAAACAGUCUGUUCUAUAUGUAAAUUAUGUGAAUAAAUACUUUUAUAUCACUUGUGUAUCUGAUCUCACUUGAUCUAACUCAGCUUUUAAAAAUAAACAAGUUUAUAAAGAGCCAAAAAAAGACUUUUUUAAAGGUAAUGAGUUGAAUGGCUCAGGUUCUCAAAAUAGUAAAAAUGCUAUGUUUUGCUCUCUGUUCUUUAUUGCAACAUUUUACUUACAUUAUUAUUAUGGUUGGUGAAUAGAUUUUGUCCCUUAAUUGCCAAGUUUUUGCAACCUUCUUUUAAUUGCCUUUUUUUUUUUAUUUUGAAAACUUAAGCUGUGAAUGGAAAAACUAAAUUUAGAGCCUGUGAUUAGCAUGAAAAAUGUUCUAAUAUUUUUCUUCAUGUAAAUACUCUAGACUGCCAGAACAUCAAAAA